UGAGCGCGCUUUGUUUUUGGCAGAGCAGAGCAUUUGCGAAAUUCUUUUUGGGUGAAUUAUUUUUUUGUACUUCCAGUGAGUUCUCCCAAAAAUUAAGAUAAUUAACAAUAUGAAGGAGUGUCCAUAUGGCGAGAAGUGUUAUAGGAAGAAUCCCAUUCAUUUCGGCGAGUUUUCCCAUGCACAUUUGGAUACCAUCUAUGAGAAGGGAAAUGGCUCAGGGGAUUACGAUAUACCAGCCAAAUACUCCACUGAAAUGAUUCAAACCCAAUUAAAGUUGCUGGAGAAGCUGUUUCCCAAGUCAGGAGCUAAAAAGGAGAAAGAAGCAAAUGUUUCUGGUUCGAAACCACCAGUACCUGCUUCGACAAGCAGUGGAUCUUCUACUUCUGGAUCUUCGAAUUCCAAUCCAAGUGGCUCCUCAAACUCCCGACCAGCUGCUCCCAUCGACACCUCCAAUUUGGCCAAAAAACAGAAGCUGAAUGCGAAGAACAUAAGGGAUUACAUUCCUGUGGUUCUGGAAAAGGGGGGGAUGGCCAAAAAACUGGAGCGCGCUGCUCCCUAUAACAUGUUCCUCACGGCGAUUACGGAUUCGAAACCCACCCACUCGGAACCCCUAAGCAUAACCCUACAGGAAAUCCUCGACGAGAGUCUGGGCGACAUCGAGAGCACCGUGCAGAUCAACUUUAUGGUGGACAUUGGAUGGCUCCUGGGGCAUUACUAUUUUGCCGGGAUACUGGACAAACCACUUCUGGUUCUCUAUGGCGACGAAUCGCCGGAGCUGCUAAGCAUUAGUAAAUUAAAGCCGCAGGUUACGGCCAUACAUGUAAGGAUGCCCACGCCCUUUGCCACUUCGCACACCAAAAUGAUGUUCCUGGGCUACAGCGAUGGUUCUAUGCGAGUGGUCAUCUCCACGGCCAAUCUGUACGAGGACGACUGGCACAAUCGCACGCAGGGCUUGUGGAUAAGUCCGAAGCUUCCUGCUUUGCCGGAGGAUGCGGAUACGGGAGCCGGCGAAAGCCAGACGGGAUUCAAACAAGAUCUAAUGCUAUAUUUGGUGGAGUACAAGAUCAGUCAGUUGCAGCCGUGGAUUGCGAGGAUCCGAAAGAGUGACUUCAGCGCCAUAAACGUAUUCUUUUUGGGCUCUGUGCCGGGAGGUCAUCGCGAGAGCUCCGUGAGGGGACAUCCGUGGGGUCACGCCCGCUUAGGCUCCUUACUGUCCAAACACGCGGCUCCCAUCGAAGAUCGUAUACCUGUGAUCUGUCAGAGCUCGAGUAUUGGAAGCUUAGGUGCUAAUGUACAGGCCUGGAUACAGCAGGAUUUCGUCAAUAGCCUGAAGAAGGAUUCCUCACCUGCGGGAAAACUCCGCCAGAUGCCGGUUUUCAAAAUGAUUUAUCCCAGUUUCGGCAACGUCUCGGGUAGUCAUGAUGGAAUGUUGGGUGGCGGAUGUCUGCCCUAUGGGAAAAACACUAAUGAUAAACAGCCCUGGCUAAAAGAGCACCUGCAGCAAUGGAAGUCAAGCGAUCGCUAUCGAUCUCGUGCCAUGCCGCACAUCAAAAGCUAUACGCGCUAUAACCUGGAGAAUCAGUCUGUAUAUUGGUUCGUUCUUACCUCUGCGAAUCUUUCAAAAGCAGCUUGGGGCUGCUUCAAUAAGAACUCCAAUAUUCAACCGUGUCUUAGAAUCGCCAACUAUGAAGUUGGUGUCCUCUUCCUGCCCAGAUUUGUGACUGGUGAAGACACUUUUCCUUUGGGCAAUAAUCGCGAUGGUGUACCCGCUUUUCCACUGCCCUACGAUGUUCCAUUAACGCCCUAUGCUCCAGAUGACAAGCCCUUCCUGAUGGAUUAUCUACAGGGAUAAAAUUUACAUGGCUGCUGUUUAGAUGGGCAGUUUGUAUCUUUUAAUUUGAAUAUUUUGUGUGGUUCCAUGAAAAUAGUUGUUCCUCUGGUAUUUUACUCACUGCUUAUUGUAUUUGUGUUACUCAUUUUAUGAGUUUUGGGCAUUAACCUGAGUUCAUGUUUAUUUAUUUAUAUAAUUUUUUGAAUUUGGCAUUAAGGAAAAUCAAAAAUAAAUUCGGCGGCAUAAAAGCCCUAAUAAGCUUA